UGUCUUGCAUUUUCACUGUUGAAUCAGUCGGAGAGAUCACUUUCCUUGGAAUCCGCCAGUCUCAGAUCAGUUUUUCUUCUUCCUCUAAAGCAUCUCCAGCCACACUGUAUUGUUUAUAUACAAUACUAUUGAAUGUUUCCUAAACCCUUUUUCCUUUACGAAAAUACAUGAUACUAAUGCCAAGCCAGGUCCAAACCCUCCUCUAUGGAUAAAAAUUAAUAUCCUGAAGAUGCAUGCUCACAACUUUUUCUGUGGACUGUAAGCAAUAAUAUUGGAGCCAGGCAUGAAGCAUACCUUGAUGGGUUAUUUUGUCUUAAGGUUCUAGUUGCAUGUCUCAUUUCGUAGAUGCAUGCAUUUAGUUGUGACAUCACAUUCAUUUCCCUUAUUUACCAAACAAGAGGUGCACACAUUGACUGGAGAAUAUGCUCAAAAAUCACUAACUUAAUCAAUUCCAUUGGUUAAUUGUUUCUCUCUUAGUUUAACUUUUUCAUCUAUAUAUUUAAGACUUAAAUAGCUUGACACUAUAACUUGUUCUGAGUUGAACCACAGGAGAAUAAGACUAGCAAGGGCUGUCAGAGAAAACAAAUGGCAACAAACUUCAAUAGCAGCUGGAAAUUGGGAACCAAGAUGACUGCACUUGUCGUGGACGAUGAUUCAAUCAAUCAAACUAUUCACCACAGACUCUUGGAACAACUUGGGAUAGAAAACCAGGUGGCCAGAAAUGGGAAGGAAGCUAUUGAUAUCCAUUGCUCGGGAAAAAAGUUUGAUCUCAUUCUGAUGGAUAGAGACAUGCCUAUCAUGAAUGGCAUUGAGGCAACAAGGAAACUCCGAGCUAUGGGCAUACGUAGCAUGAUUGCCGGUGUAUCAACACGCUGCGUAAAACAAGAAAUUCAAGAAUUUAUGGAAGCUGGCCUGGAUGAUUACCAGGAGAAGCCUUUGACGAGUGCUAAGAUCAUCUCCAUCCUCCAUAAGAUCGAUCACAGUGGCUCAAUUUCAUACUAGCUUACCUCUUUUAUGGUACUAUUUUAUAUGUGUGUAGUUUAACGUUAGUAGGGAGGUUAAUCUAUGCAUGGUCUGUUGUAGUUUUUGUGUUUGUGUGAGUCUCAUAUAGUCUAAGUCCUACAAUUUGGUGUUUGAUGUUGUAUUAAUGUAAUUAGCAGCAUGUGUUCUGCCAAGCCAAGUUCUUGAAUGAGAUUUUGAUUCAGUUCUGUCU